GUAUUAAACAAUGGGUUCUUACUUGGGGUGUCAAACUCAUUCCACUGAGGGCCGAGUGUCUGCCACUUUUAUAUUUCUUCUUUCGAUUAAGACCUAGACAACCAGGUAAGGUUGAUCCUUACAAAUUAGUGACCUUAAUUCAUUAAUCAAGAAAACAGGUAGAGCGAAAACCCACAGACACUCUGCCCUCCUUGGAAUGAGUUUUACAUGGGGCUAGGCUUUAUUCGUGAUUUGACUUCUGUGCUUGUUAUUUAGCCUAUGGUGACUGGCCUCAAGUUAUUGAUGAUAGAAACCUGAGAAAUGAAAUUAGAAUUGUAUUUUCUUAUGAUCGUGGUCAUAAUGGCAAUAGUCUAGUGAAAUUGUGCUUUCACGACAACUGGCAACUCGGGGGCAAAAACGAGGUCAAAUCAUGACGUCAGUGAUCGAAUUUUCAAGUCGGAAAGUCUGAACUUUGGAAAGGUGCGCAGUGUCCCGACUUCGAAUUCCAAGUUGGAAAAAAGUUGGGGAAAAAUAUUUUCCCACUCGGAGCUCAUUUGUCCUGAGUUCCCAGUUGACGUGAAAGCUGAUUUUUGAACGCGACAAACGUCCAGACUUCUGUCGAUGACGCACAGACAGGAGUGCACUUUGAAACUGCAGGACUCUUGAGUAACCAUGCAGACAAUUGAAGUUCUGAAACAGGCCCUCUCCAGCCUGGAUCCUACCCAGCAGCAGCAGCUCUUGGUGGCCGGGUCUGCGGUGGCCGUGGGCGGGCUGCUGACCUGUUAUUACUGGGUGUAUCAAGGGACGAAGACCAAGCGCAUUCCAAUAGGGGAUGGGUGGUGGGGGGCAGGAGAGAAGCCUCAGUCAGAGGAUGAGAAGGUUUUCCCCUUUCAGGUCCAGACUUCCGAUGAAGAGAUACAGGACUUGUAUGACCGUAUUGACAGGACCCGGUACACUGAACCACUGAAGGACACAGGCUUCCAGUACGGCUUCAACUCUACCUACCUGAAGAAGGUGGUCUCCCACUGGAGGCAUCAAUUUAACUGGAAGAAGCAGAUUGCAAUACUCAACAAGUAUCCUCAAUUCAAAACCAAUAUCGAGGGUUUGGAUGUACACUUCAUCCAUGUGCGUCCACCUCACCGUGAGGGCCAGAGGGUGUUGCCUCUAAUGCUGGUGCAUGGCUGGCCUGGCUCUGUCUAUGAGUUCUAUAGGAUCCUGCCCUUACUCACUAACUCGCUGGACAGUCUGGCUUUCGAAGUCAUCUGCCCCUCCAUCCCAGGAUAUGGCUUCUCUGAGGCCCCUCAUAAGCAAGGGUUUGACACUCUGGCUGCAGCGAGGGUCUUCCACAAGCUGAUGGAGCGUCUGGGUUUCUCAGACUAUUAUCUGCAGGGAGGAGACUGGGGCUCAAUCAUCACUACUAACAUGGCCCAGAUGAAGCCAGAGUGUGUAAAGGGUCUCCACCUCAACAUGUUAACUAACAAAAUGAGGGGGUUCGGUGUCCUGUUUUCAAUCCUGAUUGGCCGCUACCUGCCAUGGCUGGUUGGGUUCACCCGGGAGGAUGUCAGGAGGUUGUUUGGUUCAGUAGGUUUCAUGGAAAGGAACUUCUAUGAGAUCAUCAGAGAGACUGGCUACCUGCACAUCCAGGGCACCAAGCCAGACUCCGCUGGUUAUGGAGUGAAUGACUCUCCAGUAGGCCUGGCUGCUUACAUACUGGAGAAGUUCUCUACCUGGACUGACUUCAACAACAGGGACUUGGAAGAUGGGGGGCUGGAGAGGAAGUUCACCCUGGACGACCUGCUGACCAACAUCAUGAUCUACUGGACCACCGGCUCCAUCGUGUCCUCCAUGAGGUUCUACAAGGAGAACUUAAAGACCAACAUUGACAACAGACUGGAUAAUAAUACGGGGGUGUAUGUUCCUACAGGCCUGGCUGCGUUCCCCAACGAGCUAAUGCACGUGCCCCAGUUGUGGGCUAGAGCCAAGUUCAGGAACAUCUACUCCUACUCUUACAUGCCCCGAGGAGGCCACUUCGCUGCCUUCGAGGAGCCACAGCUCCUGGCUGACGACCUGCUGCAGUUUGUGAAGAAGGUGGAGAAGUUGUAGAGUUGAUGGAUACAAGAGGUCGACUCUCCACUCCUGCCAAGUGCCUGGAAGAAAAACCAGCAGAACGUGACAUUACAGCUUGGAAUUGUAGCUUUGUACUAAAAACAUUAAUGUUAAACUAAGAUAUAAAACCAGAAGCACUGUCUGAUUAUCAGGUAAAUACUUGGUCAAUCAGUGAUGUUAACACUGCAAUAUGAUCAUGCUCAGUGAUUGUGUUGGUGUAAUAUUAAGGCUAUACAGUCAACAUAAUGGACCUAUACUGUAAUAAUGUAAUGAUCAGCACUUCAAUACAGAUGUCUUCCAGGUUGCACAACCACUGUGUGAAAGCAGCCUAAAAUCACAGAUGUCUUUUCUUGUUGCAGUAAUGAAAUACUUCUAUAGUAUACUGCUGUGCUGCUAUAGUGUACUAUACUACUGCUGUAAUCGUGUCUAUUGUGACGACCCUGUAAGGCAGGGAUGUCAAACUCAGUCCACAGAGGGUCAAGUGUCUGUGGGUUUUCCUUUCAAUUAAGACCAGUUGAUGGGUUCUGUACUAAUUAGUGACCUUUAAUCAAGGAAGGAGAGGAAGGCGUUUUAAAUGUGUUGGUGUAAUAUUAAGGCUAUACAGUCAACAUAAUGGACCUAUACUGUAAUAAUGAAAUGAUCAGCACUUCAAUACUGAUGUCUUCCAGAUUGCAAAAAAAGGUACUGUAAUGUCCUGGACAUGUGCUGUUGUUUGUGCUGUAGUGUCUUCCUAUGCUUUAUUCAUUAAUCAAGUAGCGACAACCCCUGUAGACACUCGGCCCUCUGUGGAACGUGUUUGACACUUCCUGUUUAGUGUCUGAUAUUUGUGGGACUGGUUCCCAGGAGUGAUCUGGACACAGCUUAAGUUUAGUCCUGGACUAAAAGUAUAUUUCAAUGGUAGUGUUCCAUUGAGCAUGGUUUUUAGUCUAGGUCUAGAUUAAGCCUAAUCUAUGUCCCAGAAACCAUGAUGAAUUUUCUGUGGACCCCAGGAAGACCAGCAGUCACUAAGGGGUCAGCUUAUGAGGAUCCAAAUAAACAAAUUAAAUUAA